GCAAGAUUUGCAACCAUGGAAGAAACAACCGUUGUACUCAUACACGGUCUCAACCCCGUCAAUCUGGGUGUAGCCAUCUACAUGAUGGAGCUGCCACCUCGACCAAAACUCUUUGACUUCCAUGGAGUCUCCAUGAUCCACCGUUUCACUGACAACUGGGAGAACAUACAAAACUUCCAGGCCAGGCCAGAUGAUAUCCUCAUUGCCACUUACCCCAAAGCAGGUACCACAUGGGUCUGCUACAUUCUAGACUUGCUGUAUUUUGGUCAGACAGCCCCUGAGCGUCAGACGUCACUGCCUAUCCAUGAGAGGGUGCCUUUCCUGGAGAGUGACUUCCAUAUUCUCCCUCCAGGAACUGAGCUGGCAGACAAGUUAUCCACCUCUCCUCGCCUCAUCAAGACUCACCUCCCAGUCCAGUUGGUGCCCAAGUCCUUCUGGGAGCAGAACUGCAGGGUAGUGUAUGUGGCCCGUAAUGCCAAGGACAAUGCAGUGUCUUAUUUCCACUUUGACCGUAUGAACCAGGCCCAUCCAGAGCCAGGAGACUGGAACAACUUCUUACAGAGAUUCAUGGAUGGAAAGAGAGAGUGAAUGAGAGAAUAAAUGAUGGUGUUUGGUCCCUGGUACAACCAUGUAACUGGCUGGUGGGAGAGGAAACAGACUCACUCAAAACUCCACUAUGUUUUCUAUGAGGAUAUGGUGGAGGAUACGGGGAGAGAGCUGGACAGGCUGUGCUCCUUUCUAGGUUUGUCUCCUUCAGCAGAGGAGGAGGAGUGGGUGAGAGGACGAGUGCAGUUUGAUAAUAUGAAGAAGAACAGCAUGGCCAACUAUUCCACCCUCCCAAUCAUGGAUUUCAAGAUCUCUCCAUUCAUGCGAAAAGGAAAGGUUGGUGACUGGAAGAACCAUUUCACUGUAGCCCAGAAUGAACAGUUUGAUGAAGACUAUAAGAAGAAGAUGAAGAACACCACCGUACAGUUCCGCACUGUAGUCUAGGGGUUGUGGUCAAGUUGAUUGUCUGAUUGUUUGUGGUCAGGUUGAUUGAUUGUUUAUUUGGCGCACAAAGACCUACGAUAGGCUUGGCUGGGGUGUCAGUCUUCCAUUGGUCCACAGUUAACUGGGUUAUAGUGUUGAAAUAUACAGGGUGAGGAUCUUAUCAUAUCAUAUCCUGCAGUGUGAAUGAGAAAGAUCAUGAAUUGUCUUAUAAUAUCAUUUUUUGAGAAUGAUUGAUGCUACUUUGAGAUAUGAGCUAUAGGUUGAGAACUAAAAACAAAAGUAAAAUGAGGACAUGCUGCACAGAACGUUCUUAGCAAUGUGAGCUAUUUGUAAAUCCUCUUGCCUGGUCUGUUUUUCAGUGUCUGAGAAGAAAACAGUGAUAGUCGAUACAGUAAUAAAUAUGUAAAUGGAAAAGAGCAUUGUAAGCAUCAAGCAUUGUUUUAUGCUGUUUCAAAAAUAUACAUACUUUGAAACUGUAACAAUUCCUACUCGUAUACUGUAUACAGUAUGACUAAACGUAAUACAUUGAUGUUUGUUUGAGUGUAUUUUUUUACAGGGACAGUGCACAUUAAUUAACGUUUCAGUAAAAGUGCCGGUUUAGCCAGACGGCUAAUUUUCAACCUCAGUCCCUGAGCAGGUUAUUAAAAACAAUUACAAUACAUACAAUCAAUGAGCAGUGAGCACACGCAGAGCAACAUAGGACAAGCAAGACGUAGCAUACAGACAGAGCAACAUGGCACAAAAAGCAACAAGACAAAAUCCAUAAAAGCAACAAAGUGUUUCCACACCUCACAAGCUACUGACAACAGACAAAAUGGAAAGCGGCAAUACAAUACAAUACACAGCUAGGGAUUAUGUUCACAAAUCUGAUUGACCUUUAGCCAUGUUUUUUGUGAAAGUGUGAUAGGUGAGAGUCGAUACAGUAAUAAAUAUGUACAUGGAGAAGAGCAUUAUUAAGCAUCAAUAAUUGUUUUAUUCUGUUUAAAAAAUAUACAUACUUUGAAACUGUAACAAUUCCUACUCGUAUACUGUAUACAGUAUGACUAAACGUAAUACAUUGAUGUUCAUGUACUUGUACUUAAAAUAUUAUGAAAUGUCUUUAUGACCCAAAGCGAUUAAAGAGCCAGUAAUUUGCACAUA